AUGUACAUCGCAGAAGACCAGUUGAGAGAUGAUACGCGAACCGUAGAUACAAGUGAGCUUGAUUCUGCAAUUGAAAAAUACAUAAGUAUUAGGCUUAAACAGAAUUUGCAUUUAGAAUGGGCUGCAUCCUUUUUGUUACAUGUCGGAUCUGUUGUUAUUCUUGCAGUAGUAGUUUUAUUAAUGCCAUUACAGGUACUGUUUGAACGAAGUCCUCAUACGGUAGCCGCAAUUAUUACUGCACUGCUCAUCAUCGUUAUCAUACUAACAACUAUAUUGUUACUUAAUGACGAUCCAGUUGAUCUAGUAGAUCUAGCUGAUCCAGUUUAUACUUAAUGCAUUUAUACCAAAUAAUUAUAUAUAUUGAAAUCACAGACAAAAAAGCAGCGGCCGUAACAAGGUGUUGGUGUUCAUAUAUUCUAUAUUAAUUAAAUGGUUUCAUGGUUUACUCCGAAUUCAACGAACUGUUGCGUUAAUUGACUUAAUUGUACGACACUGAGGAUGGUCCUAUA